AAAGAUGGACGACCGGCCGGCGAGGCGGAUGCGGCUGGGGACCAGGUCGUGCGCCGAAUGCCGCCGCCGCAAGGUCCGGUGCGUCUUCGAGCCCAACAGCUCCAUCUGCCGCGGCUGCGAGCUGCACCAGACGCCGUGCCGCGCGCAGCAGCCGCGGGCGCGCGACGGCGACACGCUGCUGCGCCAGUCGCAGCUGCAGGAGGCCGUGAGCAUGUCGCAGCUGCAGUCGCAGUCGCUGAGCCACGCCCAGCUGGCGGCGGAUAACGCGGCCCUGCGUCGGCGCCUGGCCGAGCUCGAGGGGCUGGUCGGCAGCAUCUGCGAUGCCAUCGACCCGCCGGCCGGCGAUGAGUCUCCGGGUUCGGGGUCGGGGGUUGCGGCGUCUACGGCCGCUUCGACCACCUCGGCUUCGUCGCCCAAGCAUCAUACCGCCUCCGAUAUCACCAGCAGGGCGAUCCAGGUCAUCAACAAGCUCCGCAGCCACGGCCUCUUACACCCGGGCCCGGGCCAGGGUUCGAGCAACACCACCAAUCCCAGUAUCCCCAGCAACCCCAGCAUGUCCGGCAGCAUCCGCUCCUCAUCCUUCCGCUCCCCCUCGUCCCUCGACCAAGAUGCCACCUCCAGCCCUCCCGAACCCGCCGACAAUGGCAACAAUAAUGUCACCAACAAGUCCGCCAUAUCCUCCGUAGACGCCCCCUUGAUCCACCUCUUCCGCGACGCCCUCAUGAUCCGCGACUCCCAAGGCGACCUCUACGACGACCCCGAGGACCCCUCCGUCCUGCACCUCAUGAAGGAAUCCCUCCGCACCUUCAGGCCGCCCAUCCCCGACCCGGAAACCCUCCGCCUCGUGCUCGAGGACUCGCACAAGUUCUGGUCCAUCUGGCCCCCCUACUUCUUCGCCCCGGACCUCCCCACCACCAUGGACGCCAUCACCAUCGACGCCGCCGAGGCCUACUUUGCGCACGUCCUCAACGUGGGCCGCGGCAUCGAGUUUUGCUCCGCCAUGCUCUUCCUCACGCUGUGCAUCCAGCAGCUGCCGCGGCACUGGAAGCGGGCCAUCGUAUCGCCCAACAUCCCGCGCCAGACGCUCAUUGAUGCCUAUAUCCGCUUUGCAUGCGUGUUGCUGGCCGUCGAAUCUGACGAGAGCGUCCUUGCCGUGCAGUGUUACUUGCUGCUGCACAAAAUCCUCAUCAACAUGGGCCGACCACAGCGGUCCUGGGUCGCCAUCCGCCACGCCAUCAGUGCCGCCACGCUCAUCGGCCUCGACAGGCUCGAUGCCAGCGCCAGCCUCCAGCGCAAGAUCCUCUGGACGCAGGCCUGGAUGGUGGAACGCCAGCUCUGCAUCAUGCUGGGCUUCCCUUCGGCCGUCACGUCCCGGGGCACCAGAGACGAGCCCUCCCUUUUGGAGGUGCUCAGUCCUACACAGAAAGUCCAUCGCCGCCUCUGCAUCAUCAUGGGCCGCGUCAUCGAGCGCAACCAAAGCUCGCCCGCAGCUUCGUACGCCGUCACCGUGCAGCUCGACCAGGACAUGGAGGACCUGAAGAAAGACUUCCCGGCCGAGUGGUCCGGAGGAUACUACGGCCCCGAGGCAACGACUGAAUCCAUCUACCACGAGGAGGCGGCCAAGAUCUUUUACUACUCGACGCUCAAGCACAUCCACCUCCCAUAUAUGCUCAAGGCCCGGUCCGACCGCCGCUACGAGCACAGCCGGCUGUCCUCGAUGGAAGCUUGCCGGGGCCUCAUCAAGAGUUAUCUCCGCCUCAGAGGCUCGCCCAAGUCGGAGGUCAUCCAGUGCGAGAUUAUGGACUUUAUCAUCUUCACUUCGGCCAUUGCCCUGAUCCUGGGCAUCUUGACACCCGGCGCUGCGUCAGGUACAGAGGCGUCCUCGGCCUCGUCGACAAUGUCAUCAUCGCCGGCAUCGCUUACACAACACGCCGAGGAGUGGGCGCUCAUCGACAGGCUGAUUCGCGAGCUGCGCAAGACAAACGCCAUACUGGACUGCACCGUCGCCAAGCAAGCCGCCGAGGUGCUCGAGACGCUGGUGGCUGCUGGCAUGGGCACGUACUCCGCACAGGAGGACUUUGCCCUCGUGGUGCCGUAUUUCGGACGCUUGCGUAUCAGCCAGGGACGAGCCCCAGACGCAAACGACACUACUCUCAACAAUAGCAACCCAAACCCUACUUUCGAUGCCUCCGCCAUCAACACAAAUAGCAUUGCCGAUGGCACCAACCAUACCUCGUCCUUGCCGGACUCCAACUCUGCUUUCUCCUCCAUCGCACUCUCUUCCCUGCAACCAAAGGACAUGUCUGGGGACCCGUACUACAUACCCACGCCCGGAAACGUAAUCGAAUUCAGCUCGAAUGACUUCCUCAACAGCACGUUCAGCGACUUUGACUUCCAGAUGGAUCUCAGCCAGGACUGGUGCUCGAUUGUGGAUCCGGGGGUGUAUGACUGGAGCACCACACUCAACACGUGUCCUAUGAACUUUGAGUCAUGA